GGCGACGGGACUCACUGCCUUUCACACCGUGUUGCUUCUUUGGGUUGGCCAACGUCAGCUUCCUCCGAGGGAUGAUCGGCAUCGUCUACGGUUAUUUUGUGCUUAACUUGUGUGGGUGUGGGUGUGGGUAUGCGUGUGCUUGUUGAUGACCUUCAGAAUGCAAUGCAACUCUUGAAAUUCUUCAUCUCGGCUAUAGGUCUUCUUCCGCGCUUGAUUAUUCGUCGUACCAACAACUCUUCAAUAGUCAUUCUUUGUUUCCUCUAUUUGUCAUGUAGUACCUAUGGCGUUCCUGCAUAUUCCUCAUACUGCCUAGCCUUCAAUCAGCUGGGUCGCGAAUUGCUUAUGUCUGUCAAGAUUGGGAGGUUACAAACUCUAAUUAAGACAGCGGCAAUUCCGUGUCUCAGAUGCAUCACAGGGUCCGUCCCGCGGUGGCAGUGCCAGCCACCAGGAUUGUGUCUGCCUAGUGCCUACAGUAGAGAUUCGUGGGGGUUAUGUUUGAACCUAGUCGCGAGGUUUCACCCGUCUGGUCGGUACUAACUAAAGUGAUAAAGUGACACGGAUUUUGUACUACGCUACCAUCUUGGGCCCGUGUUAUAUACCAUGUAUGAAUAUCCAUCAACGCCAUGCCCGGUCAAAUUUUCGGUGCUGAAGGUACCUACAUUAUCUAUGUCUAUAUAAUCAUCCUACCAUACCA